AUGAGCAUUGAAAAUUUCAAGAGGGCUACCAGCAACAGCUACAGGUCCAAAUUGACGCAAUUGGAGUCCAUUGAUCCAUCGCAAGUCGCUCUUCCUGCAAGCGAAUCUCACCCACCAACACCACCUGGAACCCCAGUUCCCGAGUCUAGGGCUGCGGGAUCGACACAAAUACCUAUCAGACCCCAUUGCCAUGGAGCCUCCGACGGCUAUUCGAACAUUGCAGUCAUGACACCCCUUCUCGAAGCCGAACUCAAGGACAGCACUCAGAACGUUGAUCCCGGGUUCUUUCAGCGUGUGGUCAAGCAGAGAGUUUGGCGUACUGGAGUCACCGAUACCGCGAUCACAGAGUUCGUCCAAAACUCUGGACUCUACGACAAUGACACCAAGAGGUGGAACGACUUCAAUGAAACGACUAUCAAAAAAACACUUUAUGAGCCUUUCCAUCAAAUAUUCCAGGAGGUCAUCGCCACAUUCAAGCUGGAGGAGCGUGAGGCCAUCCCUACGUACAACAUCAAGAUCCAACAUAUCGAGGGUGAUACAGGCGACAGCUCACUUAAGACAUCUCCUGACCUCUUCAUCUAUGGGUCCGGGCGCAAUUUCCACUUGGAGAAUCUCAAGCUGGAGGAGGACAAGGAAAAGGCAAACUACAAGUGCUGCGCAUCGCCUUGUGAGGUCAAGACGGAGCAUAACUUGAAGGACAAAGUUGUGAUGCAGGUCGGGGUAUAUGCUCGCCAAUGUUUCAUGCAGCAGGGAAACCGUCGAUACAUUUACUCUCUGGUGAUGACGGAGAAGCGUACUUUCCUCCUACAGUUCGACUGCAAUGGGGUUUUGCGCAGCCAAUUCAUCAGCAUUCACGAGAACCCCAAAGACUUUGUUUACCUCAUCCUCCUCGUCUCUUCUCCCAAUUGCACCACUCUUGGAUUCGACACCAGCAUCUACUGGAAGGACGGCAAAUGCUAUAUUCGAACCUUCGAUGAGAAGGGCAAGCGUGUCUCAUAUGAGAUUGUAGAUGCAAAGCCUUUCUUUCAGCGGCGUGUACGAUUCGAGGACGUGGAACGCUUUGCUGGUUGGGUAGAGACCCCCGUGGCCAAUUGUGCAUCAUCAAGGAUUCCUGGCAGGCUCAAGGACGUGAGCCAGAGCAUGCUCUGCUGA